AAAUGUAUAUAUAUAUAUAUAUAUAAUAUAUAAAAAAAAUAUAUAUAUAUAAAAUAUAAAUAAUACACGUGUAAUUUAUGUAAAGUAAUUAAUAAACUUCUGUAUUUAUAUCGUUAAAUUAAUAAUUAAAACUUUUUAUAUAAAUUCACAUGUAUUUUAUUUCAUGACAAUAAUUUCAACAUUCAUUAAACGUUUUUGUAUUACUAAUUAAAUAAUAUUGAUUUUUUCACAAACUAAAAAGAUAUUACUAUGGAUGCUGAUUUAUAUGAUGAAUUUGGAAAUUAUAUUGGUCCUGAUUUGGCUUCUGAUAGUGAAGAUGAAAAUGAAUAUGGAAAUGCUGGAGAUGAAGCAGAAGAUAGAGAACGAUCGGAUGAAGAAAUGGAAGAAGACAAAGAUGAAACUAGAGAGCAAUCAGAUCAAGGCAAUUCUAUGGCAGUUGUAUUACACGAAGAUAAAAGAUAUUAUCCAAGUGCUUUAGAAGUUUAUGGGCCAGAGGUAGAAACAUUGGUACAAGAAGAAGAUGCACAACCAUUAGAUAAACCAUUAAUAGCACCAACAAGAAAACCAAAGUUUCAAAUAAAACAACAACAACUUCCAGAAACAACGUAUAGUAUAGAAUUUUUAGCAGAUAUGAUGGAUGCACCCCAUCUCAUACGUAAUGUCGUUUUACUUGGUCAUUUACAUCAUGGCAAAACUACUUUGGUCGAUUGUCUAGUGAGACAGACUCAUCCCUAUCUACACAGUGUUACAGAUGAAAAACCUUUAAGAUAUACGGAUACAUUAUUCACGGAACAACAGCGAGGAGUAUCGACGAAAGCAACACCUGUAACUUUAUUGUUGCAAGAUGUGAAAUCAAAAUCUUAUCUUUUAAAUAUAUUUGAUACUCCUGGUCACGUAAAUUUUUCUGACGAGGCAACAGCAGCAAUACGUUUAUCCGAUGGUGCGAUAUUGAUCGUCGAUGCUGCUGAAGGGGUUAUGUUAAACACAGAACGUUUAUUAAAACACGCGCUUCAGGAAAAACUUGCGUUAACAGUUUGCAUAAAUAAGAUAGAUCGACUCAUUCUAGAAUUAAAAUUACCUCCAUUAGACGCGUAUUAUAAAUUAAGACACAUCAUCGAAGAAAUUAAUGGACUUAUAGCGCUAUAUUCGGAUUCUGAAAAUCCAUCUUUUGUAUCCCCUGCAAUCGGAAACGUGUGUUUCGCGAGUUCAGAAUACAAUGUCUGUUUCACUUUGAAAUCAUUCGCAGCACUUUAUGCUAGAACUCAUCCCACUCUUAAUGCUAAUGAAUUUGCGAAACGGUUAUGGGGAGAUAUAUAUUUUAACUCGAAAACGCGAAAAUUUACAAAAAAACCACCGCAUAAUACCGCACAACGCAGCUUUAUCGAAUUUAUUCUUGAACCAUUGUACAAAAUUUUCGCCCAAGUUGUUGGCGAUGUUGACACAACUUUACCUGAUGUACUAGAUGAAUUAGGAAUAAGACUAACAUCGGAAGAAAUGAAAAUGAAUAUUAGGCCUCUGUUGAGGUUGGUGUGCACACGCUUUUUAGGAGAUAUGUGCGGAUUGGUCGAUAUGUGUGUAGCCCACGUUCCCAGUCCUCAAUCACAUGCACCGGUUAAGGUUCAACAUGUAUAUACAGGCCCUAUGGAUUCACCUCUCGCGCAAAAUAUGAUUAAUUGCGAUCCUAAUGGAAGAUUAAUGAUUCAUAGUACAAAAAUGUAUCCUACCGAAGAUUGUACGUUAUUUGUUGUCCUCGGAAGAGUAAUGUCAGGUACACUCGAGGCGGGACAACGCGUUCGCGUAUUAGGCGAAGCGUAUUCGCGUACUGAUGAAGAAGAUUCUCGAGUUCUGACCGUGGGAAGAUUAUGGAUUAGCGAGGCACGCUAUUCAAUAGAAUUAAACAGAGUUCCCGCAGGCAAUUGGGUUCUUAUCGAGGGUAUAGACAGGCCAAUCGUAAAAACAAGCACGAUUACUGAUCUCACAAAUUCAGACGAUUUACAUAUUUUCCGCCCGCUAAAAUUCAAUACACAGAGCGUGAUUAAAAUUGCGGUCGAACCUGUCAAUCCAUCAGAAUUGCCAAAAAUGUUAGAUGGUCUGAGAAAAGUGAAUAAAAGUUAUCCUUUGUUGGGUACCAGAGUCGAAGAAAGCGGCGAACACGUCGUCUUAGGCACUGGUGAAUUAUAUUUAGAUUGCGCGAUGCACGACUUGCGACGUAUGUAUUCGGAGAUCGAUAUAAAAGUCGCAGAUCCUGUUGUUGCUUUCGCUGAGACAGUGGUAGAAACGAGUUCUCUCAAGUGUUUCGCUGAAACACCUAAUAAACGGAAUAAAUUGACGAUGAUAGCCGAGCCGCUCGAGAGAGGCCUUGCGGAGGAUAUCGAGGCGGAACAUGUUAAAAUCACAUGGAACAAAAAACGAUUAGGAGAAUUUUUUCAAACGAAAUAUGACUGGGAUUUGCUAGCUGCGCGAAGCAUAUGGGCAUUCGGUCCAGACGCUACGGGUCCUAAUAUUUUAGUCGAUGAUACUUUGCCAUCGGAAGUAGACAAAACGUUGUUGAAUAGCGCUCGCGAUGCUAUUAUUCAAGGUUUUCAGUGGGGAACUCGAGAAGGCCCUCUCUGCGAGGAACCAAUUCGAAACGUGAAGUUUAAAAUUUUGGAUGCCGUAAUUGCCCAAGAACCUCUUCAUCGAGGAGGUGGUCAAAUAAUUCCAACCGCCAGAAGAGUAGCAUACUCUGCUUUUCUCAUGGCAACGCCCAGGUUGAUGGAGCCAUAUUUAUUCGUCGAAGUUCAAGCGCCUGCGGAUUGCGUAUCGGCAGUUUAUACUGUACUGGCUAAGAGAAGAGGUCACGUGACCCAAGACGCUCCCGUUCCUGGAAGUCCUUUAUAUACUAUCAAAGCGUUCAUUCCAGCAAUCGAUAGUUUCGGAUUCGAGACCGAUUUACGAACUCACACGCAAGGCCAAGCGUUCUGCCUGUCCGUAUUUCAUCAUUGGCAAAUCGUACCUGGCGAUCCAUUGGACAAAAGUAUUACGAUUCGACCACUCGAGCCACAACCAGCUACACAUUUAGCUAGAGAAUUUAUGUUGAAGACAAGAAGACGGAAAGGACUCUCCGAAGAUGUAUCUAUCAAUAAAUUCUUCGAUGAUCCUAUGUUACUUGAAUUAGCCAGACAAGACGUUCUACUGAAUUAUCCAUUAUAAAAUGUUUCCAAGUAAUUUCAACUUUAAUAUGAGAAUUUAUCUAUACCCAAUAAAUAAUUAAUUUUAUAUAAUAA